AUGUCAUGGUUUGCAGACCUCGCCGAUAAGGCGGAGACGCUUCUUAACAACUUAGAUGAACAGACCGGUGUGGCUCUGCGAAACCAUAGCGUAACAAAAUCGAAGAAACAUGACUUUGUACCGCAUCCUGAUAGACCAUGGGCGCAAAAGAAACGUGUGCUACCACAAGCACCAAAAAAAAUGUCUUCAGAUUCAAGAUCUAAUCCUGUGCCUCCUAAAAAAUUCAGUCAGCUAAAUUCACAUGCCAAAGAAAGUGAAAACAAUGUACAAGAUCAGAUAAAGAAAAAAUCUCCAGCCAUAAAAACGAGUCCCAAAUAUACAACAAAUAAUUUUGCUAAGAUGUCCCUUGAUAAUGUGAAGUUAGGUGAUACAGGCGUGGAACAUAAUGGAUUGAGAAGAAGGAGAAACAGUCUUCCAGGUGACUUGGAGGCUUUAAACUGUGGUAAUUUAUACAAAAUGCAAAACCUUGAGGUGGAAAAUGCAAUGCUAAAAAAUGAAAUAAAUGUCAUGAAUAGAGAAAUUACUGAAUUGUCAGAUCGUUUGAGAAAAACUGAGGAUGAUUUUGGCCAAUUAAAGAAAAAUCAAAAUAACAUAGAGCUUCAAAAUCAUAAAUUAAAUUUAGAUAAUGAGUCACUUAAAUCACAAUUGGAUAAUUUGAAGCUCAAAAUACAAGACCUUAAUUCUAUGGAUGUAAAGAACAGAGAACACAGUGAAGAACUGGAGGCAGAAAGAACUCUCCUCAGAAGCAAUAAUAGGCAGCUUGAGGAAAAAUUAAAAUUGGUUAAUGAAGAAUUAAGUAAUAAAGAGUCAACAAUAUUAAAAUUGGAAAAUGAAUUACGGCAUACACAAGCUGUGAUCAGUGAACAGCAGGGUAGCAUAGAGAAAUCCACAUUAGAGUGUCAGCGCUUAGAGAGAGAUUGGGAAUCUUAUAAAUUGAGGGUAAAGGGCAUGCUAUAUGCCAAAGAUAAAGAAAUUAAAAAAUUAAGGGAAGGCACUAAUUUGACUGAGGAUACAAAGAUUCUUAUUGAGCAGAUCGAAGUUCUAAAGGAGGAACGUGAGGAACUGUCAGUAGCCAUAUCUAGAGUAAAGGAAGAAAGUGAAAAUAUCAAAGAGUCAAUGUCGGAAAUGGAAGCACGACACACUGCAGCUCAGCGAAUUGUGCUUGCAUUGAGAGAUGCGCUGAAGGAAGAGCGGUCUGCUAGGAGCAGAGCUGAGAUGCAGUGUGUUACGUUGGGGAAAGAACUAAGAGAAAUGCAUACUGAAAUGAGUCACACUAUCGCCAACUUGCGGUCAGCAUUACAAGAAAAAGAGGAAGAGUUGAGCAAUAUUCGUGAAACCAGUUCACCGCCCACUUCAGACACCAGUGCACUUAAUGUGGCGGACUAUGAUGUAGCACAGGUAGCGAUGGAUAAGGAGAAAAUACAAUAUCUAACACAAACGUUGGUCCAAAAACAAGAAAAAAUCGAAUCACUCUUGGCCGAUAACAAUACACUCAAGAUACAAUUAGAAAAGUUGUCGUCAAAGCAUAAGGCCGAAUUAGCUGCUCUCCGAGCAAAUCACUCUCACAGCAUAGUUCAAGUGCAAGAUGGCGACGUUCGCCCACGUUCGCGAACGAACCAUUAUUCGCCUGCCACCACGCUCGCCAAGCUGGCUCUACGCAUCGGUGUACUGAGUAAGCGGUACCCAAUAUUUCGGGUGUUUAUCAUUUUUUAUAUGAUCGGUCUCCAUUUAUGGGUCUUCACCGUCCUGUUUACGAGUACUCCCGAAGAUUACUCUAGACCAAGCAAAUCCUAA